UUGGCUCGUAGAAUUUACUUUAGAACAUUCAAGGUUGGUAACGACUCGUUUGGUGAGUCAAACAUCGAGAAUUUGCGAAAAGCCGGAGUAGAUGUAAGUCAAGUGGAGAAAUCCGAAAGCAGUCACACAGCUACAGCAACCAUUACUGUCAAUGCCCACGGCGAAAACACGAUUGUAGUGACGCUGGGUGCAAAUAUGGAGUUGGACGAUGUCUGUGCUGAGCGGCAUGAAAAAGCCAUCAGUGAAGCCGCUCUUGUGAUGACUCAAGCAGAAGUAUCGCGGGAAGGAAACAAGCGAGCAUUCGAGUUGGCAAAGAACAACAUUAGGAAGGCCGAAUUCAUCACUAACAUCCCUCAAAAUUCUAUGGAGGAUGCCGAAAAAGCUGCAGCGCAGAUGACUACUAUGGGACCAGAAUACGCUAUUGUCACGCUUGGUGCAAAAGGUGUCCUGUUGGCAUCGAAAGGAAAGGAGAAAAUUGAGCACAUCCCAGUGAAGAAAGUGAAAGCUGUCGAUACUACGGUAAUUCAUAGACGCUUUCAUUUUAUCCGAAUGGCCGAAUUUACUCAA